AUGGGACAGUGCGAGGAGCAGGUGGUGGGCUGGGUCCUGGGACGAGAGGGGGAGGAGUGCUUGGGAGGGACGGCGCCGGGAAAGGGGCGAGUUGUGCUUUUGAAGGUCUCCAGAGAAGCGCCCCCUGCAGACUGCGCCUGCGUCUGGAGUUCCGGUGCCGGGCGCACCAGGAAGUGGCUCUUCCCAGCGGCAGCGAUCCAGGCCACUGGCAGGUUGUUUUGUUUGGCACCUCAGGUCUUUAAGAGGAUUUAUUGGUUAGAAGGUAUUGAGAGAAGAGUCCCAAUGCACAAACCUAGAUGCUUCCUUUCCAGGGUGGGUUUCUUCUCCAAAUCAGGACUGCUCUACUGGUGUCCCAGAAAACCUCCAGAUUGGUCACAGCUUUUAUUGGGGUCAGCACGUAAGAGAACCUUCACUCAUGUGAUCACCAAGAGGCGUCAAAGAGGACAGAAAAGUCAGAAGAAACCAAGCCAUCUUGGACCACUAGAUAGUUCCUGGCAGGAAAGGCUGGCUGAUGUUGUGACGCCACUCUGGAGGCUGAGCUAUGAAGAACAGCUCAAGGUGAAAUUUGAAGCUCAGAAGAAAAUUUUACAAAGAUUAGAGUCUUACCUCCAAAUGUUCAAUGGAUUUAAAGUGACAACAGCUGCACCCAAAUCGGAGGAAUUCUGUUGUCUUCUCCAACCUAUUAUACCCUCUCCUGUCAUCGAUGGCUACCGAAAUAAGUCCACCUUUUCUGUGAACCGAGGUCCAGAUGGCAAUCCGAAGACUGUGGGAUACUACCUUGGAACUUGGAGAGACAGAAACAUGGUCUGUGUGCAGUCUAACCAUCUGAAAAACAUCCCUGAGAAACACAGUCAAGUGGCCCAGUACUAUGAAGUAUUCCUUCGACAGUCCCCAUUGGAGCCCUGCCUUCUGUUUCAUGAAGGUGGACACUGGCGUGAGCUCACAGUCCGCACCAAUAGCCAAGGGCACACAAUGGCCAUCAUUACUUUCCAUCCCCAGGAAUUAAGUAAGGAGGAGCUCUGUGUUCAGAAGGAAACUGUAAAGGAGUUUUUCAUCAAAGGUCCAGGAGCAGUCUGUAACUUGACAUCACUGUACUUCCAGGAAAGCACCAGGACCCGUUGCAGCCAUCAGCAGUCCCCCUUCCAGCUCCUUUUUGGGGAACCCCACAUCUUUGAAGAGCUCUUGGGCUUGAAGGUCCGCAUCUCUCCAGAUGCCUUUUUCCAAAUUAACACUGCUGGUGCAGAGGUGCUGUAUCGGACCAUAGGGAAGCUGAGUGGAGUGAAUUCUAACACCAUCCUCCUUGAUAUCUGCUGUGGAACUGGUGUGAUUGGUCUCUCUCUGGCUAAAUAUACCUCCCAGGUCCUUGGGAUUGAAUUGGUGGAGCAGGCGGUAGAGGACGCCAGGUGGACUGCAGCCUUCAAUGGCAUCACUAACUGUGAAUUCUACGCUGGUCAAGCAGAGAAGAUUUUGCCACAGCUGCUGAAGUCAAAGGAAAAUGGGCAGUUAAUUGUUGCUGUGGUAAACCCAGCUCGGGCAGGACUGCAUUACCAGGUGGUUCAAGCCAUUCGAAACUGCAGGGCCAUCUGCACACUAGUUUUUAUUUCCUGCAAGCCCUAUGGUGAAACCACUAGGAACAUCAUUGAGCUGUGUUGUCCCCCAAACUCUGCUAAGAAGCUUCUCGGCAAGCCUUUUGUCCUGAGACAAGCUGUGCCUGUGGAUCUGUUCCCCCACACCCUACACUGUGAGCUGGUGUUCCUCUUUACUCGAUAAAAAUCCUCCUAUAAGAUGGUGGGCUCUUCAUUAAGGCUGAAAUUUCAUUAGCUUUCAGGUUUGGCAUAUUGUUACAUUGCAGAUCCUGAGAGCAUUACUGGGGAAACCAAUCUUUGGAUCAUGAGUAGGAAGAAUAUAGUAAAUCUUCCUACAUGAACCAGAUUUAUUACUUUUGUUUUCAGCUUCCCUUAUUUUCAUGUGUGUUUGUUUGCUGUGACCACUCCUUGGCCCUGGAUCUGGACUGUUCCUUUUGUUGUCAGCCUGUCCUGGCUCCUUGGUCUGAAAUUGCCUGUGGUGUGGUGCAAAUGAGCUUUUCUCAGUAGCUUAUAAUAAUGUCACAUUGUCUCAGGUCUCUGUGUUUGCCCAGAGAUUUUAUUAGAUACUAGAGCCCAGGUGCACGAAAUUCGUGCACGGUGGGGGGGGGGUGUUCCUCAACCUGGCUUGUACCCUCUCCAAUCUGGGACCCCUCGGGGGAUGUCCGACUGCAGGAUCAGGCCUAAACUGGCAGUCGGACAUCCCUCUCAGAAUCCGGGACUGCUGGCUCCUAACUGCUCACCUGCCUGCCUGCCUGAUUGCCCCUAAUCUCUUCUGCCUGCCAGCCUGAUUGCCCCCCUAACCGCUCCCCUGCCAGCCUGAUUGAUGCCUAACUGCUCCCCUGAUGACCUGAUCACCCCCAACUGCCUUCCCCUGCUGGCCUGAUGGCCCCCAACUGCCCUCUCCUGCCAGCCUGAUUGCCCCAACUGCUCUCCCCUGCUGGCCUGAUUGCCCCCAACUGCCCUCCCCUGACUGGGCCUGAUCGCCCCCAACUGCCCUCCCCUGCCAGCCUGAUCACCCACAAUUGCCCUUCCCUGCUGCAACUCGCCUCCUCUUCCGGGACCCGCCUCCUCCACAUUAGGUGGUGGAGACACGGGACCAGCCUCCUCCAUGCUGCACAGAGCCGUGGGACCCCCAGGCCUCACCAUGCAGAGUGGCCACCAGGCCCUGCAUCCCCUGUGUGCGCAGCCAUCUUGUGAUGACGUUGCGUGAGGGUGUCGCACAAGGGCGUGAUGCCACCUAGGCUUUUAGUAUAUAGGAUGUUCUGUGUUCUUAAGUUACUAAGAAUUAGGGCUAGAAACAAGUCUAGCUUUUUUCAAAAAGCAGAGUGUGGGGGGCUAUUGGCAAGCACAUCGGGCAUUUUUAAAUAUGUUGGCUGAACCCAGGAUGCAGGCAAAGCCAAGCCCUGGAGGCGGUCCUAGCCAAGCAGCAAGGACGCCACUCAGUCUGACCUUUCCAGCCCAGGUGCUAGGGGGUGGAUCUCACUAUGUCGCCAGAAACUCAAGGCCUACCCAGAUGUGAUGUAACUUCCUGUUACUUCGAGUAUAAAUUAAACUUACUUCCGGUGUUGGGUGCUCUGUUCAUCUAUCAGAGGGUAGACGCCACACCCAGGCCCAGCUUUUUCCUCUA